AGAUAUUUUCCCCCAAAAUCUUUUCCCGCCUGCCCUAAAAAUUAGCGCAUUUCAAAAUUUCGUCUAUUUCAGUCUCUCUCUACAGAUUUUCAAUCUUCAUCCAACGUCUCUCUCCGACCUUCUCUCUACCAGAAUCUCUCUCUUUCUUUCUCUCUCACACACACAGUUCACCCACUGUGCACAUUUAGGAAGGGGAGAAUGGGUAGCGCCGGGAGAGGUGAAAAGCGUGCGGAGUUAGUUUCCGAGCCAUGUAAACCCUCGUCUUCGUCAAACAAGAAGCUGAAGAAAGCAGCGGCGCCGGAAGAUGAGAUCAGCUUCGCCGGCGAACCAAUCCCAUCCGAAGAAGCCAAGCGAAGAUGGCCCCAUAGAUACGUGUCUAAGGAUAAGACGGCCACCGUAAUGGUGACUCUAUCAGAUGGGUCCACCGAGGAGAAGGAGUUUGGCCAAGCCAGAUUCCAUUACACCAAUGCAGUUGUAGAUGGGGUAGAGUACGAUCUUUUGGAAGAUGCGUACAUUGAGGCUCCGGAUAACGAACCAAAUUAUAUCGCCAAAAUCGUGGAGAUGUUCGAGACUGUGACUCGAGAGAGCUUUAUUUGCACUCAAUGGUUUUAUCGUGCCAACAAUACGGUUAUAAAAGAACAAUAUCCUCUUAUUGAUGCACGGCGUGUGUUCUAUUCGGACAUCAGAGACGAUAAUCAUUUAAGUUGCAUCAGUUCGAAAGUCAAAAUUAAUGUGCUUCCACUCGAUAUGGACAUUGCUGAAAAAGAGAAGUUCAUAGGCUCUGGGGAUCUAUAUGUUGAUAUGAAGUAUUCCUUUCCGCAUGCUUUCAUUAGUUUAAAUGGAGAUAAGGAAAACUCAGUUUCUGAUGUUGAAAGGCCUCCACAAGAUUUACAGCGUUCAAAAGGAACCAUGCUGGACUUGUAUUCUGGUUGUGGUGCUAUGUCUUCUGGACUUAGUAUCGGUGCAUCUUUGGCUGGACAAAACAUUGUCACAAAAUGGGCUCUCGAUUACAACUCCGAUGCAUGCGAAAGUCUGAAAUUUAACCAUCCCAACACAGAGGUUAGGAAUGAAGAUGCUGAGGAUUUUUUUGUUCUUUUAAAAGAAUGGGAAAAGCUCUGUAAAGAAUUCAAUUUGGUGGGAUCCAAAGAAGUAGGAUCAGAUGAAGAAGAUAUAGACAGUGAUGGUUCUGACAUUGAUGACUCUGCGGCGGUUCCAUCUGAAGAAUUUGAGGUGGAGAAAUUUGUCGGUAUCUGUUACGGAAAUCCAAAUAAACUCAAAAAAUCUAGCCUGCAUUUUAAGGUAAGGUGGAAAGGCUAUGGUCGUGCAGAUGAUACGUGGGAACCAGCCGAUGGCCUGAGUAAAUGCAAUGAAAAAAUAAAGGAGUUCGUCACAAGAGGUCAUAGAGCAAAAUUAUUACCCCUUCCAGGUGAUGUUGACUUCUUAUGCGGUGGUCCGCCAUGUCAGGGCAUCAGUGGCUUCAACCGGUUCAGAUGUCCCGAGCCCUUGAACGACAAGAAAAAUCGCCAGCUUGUUGUAUACAUGGACAUUGUUGAGUUUCUUAAACCUAGAUACGUGCUCAUGGAAAAUGUCACAGAUAUCUUGAAGUUCAAGAAUGGAAUCUUGGCUUCCUAUGCAGUUGCUCGGCUUGUCUCGAUGAAUUACCAGACACGACUAGGUAUCAUGGCUGCCGGUGCAUAUGGGGUCCCACAGUGUCGAAUGCGUUUUCUCCUUUGGGGUGCUGCACCGACAGAGAUUUUACCUCAGUUUCCACUACCUACACACGAGUCUCUAAAGAAAGGAGUUGUUACAAAUGAGUUUAAGGAACUUAUUAUUGGACAUGGAAAUGAGCACCCUGAACUCCAUAAACCUGUUUUGCUCGGUGAAGUGAUAUCAGAAUUACCAGAGGUGACAAAUUUUGCCGAUUUGGAUGAAAUGCCUUACGGCAGAGCUCCCCAAACUGCAUUUCAGAAAUUCAUUAGGUUGAAAAGGAAAGAGCUUUUUGGCUAUACAGAUAAGAAAAAGAAUGAUUCAAGUAAGUCCGUAUUGUAUGAUCAUCGACCUCUAAAGUUAAAUGAAGAUGAUUAUGAAAGAGUCUGCCACGUUCCAAAACAGAAGGGAGCUAAUUUUCGAAAUUUGCCCGGUUUAAUUAUCGAGCCAAACAAGAUUGUAAGACAGGAUCCAUCGGUGGAAAUACCCUUAUGCAAAUCUGGGAAACCUUUGGUACCUAAUUAUGCAAUAAAAUUCGAAUCUGGGAAGUCUUCGAAGCCUUUCGGUAGAUUGUGGUAUGAUGAAAUUGUUUCCACUGUAGUUACAAGGGCUGAACCCCAUAAUCAGAUUCUCCUGCAUCCUAGUCAAGAUAGAGUGCUCUCAGUCCGUGAAAAUGCGCGGUUACAAGGUUUUCCGGAUUGCUAUAAGCUUCACGGACCAAUCAAAGAGAGGUAUAUGCAAGUCGGAAAUGCUGUGUCAUUCGCAGUUUCGAUACCGUUAGGCUAUUGUUUGGCGAAAGCCAUGCAAGGUGUAGAAAUUGCUACACCGCUGAAAAUUCCAGUGAAGUUUCCGGAUUGUCUCGGAGAGCUUAAGUAUGCUGAUCAAGAAGCAGAAUAACUCGUUUUGCUGGCAAACAUUUUAACAGUCUUCAUCUUUAUGGAGAAAAACAUGUUUCGGAAAAUGAGUUUGGUUUUUUAGGAUUUUUUUUUUACGAUAAACAAGAGAUCGUAUCGGAUAGAUUUGAAACAUUCAACGAGUGUGUCUGCUCCAUCAUUCUCUUAUGUAAUUAAAUAGUCAUGAAUUCAUUUUCAUCUUCUAGCUGAAAUAGAAGUAUGUUUCCUGCACAUCUAAAGAAGCUAAUUAAGUGUCUUUCUUGA